GAUUUGUUCGCUCAAAUAGUUGGACCGAAAGUCGGAUUGUUGGUUCUUCUAAACCAGAAGUUUAGCUGUAUGUGGAGAUAUACACGUUGCAGUAAACUAUUGUGGUGUAAACUACGAUUUCUUAUGCGAUGUUACAUGUCUAACAUUUCGCAUUGUAAUAGAGAUUUGGGCCUUUUGUGGUGGCAGGGUGAAUCUCCGGUCCCUGAAGCUCGUGUUGACUACGAAGCUUUUAGACAGCUCUACAGAGAUGGUGCAUUAGAUAAUCGCAAAAUACAGCUUGAUAUACCUGAUGGAAGAUCACGGCUUCCUUUGGAGAUAGGCGGUGCUAGUGGGUUUGGUGUGAACGAGUUGGUUUUCCGGUUGCCUCAGAUGGAGAAAUUUCUCAAGUCGCAGAGGAUGGAAAGAAUGGAAAUCACUAUAGCGGAUGCAAAACCUAUCCUGCGAGAAAUUGAAAUGGAGAAACGUCUAAACUUAGAUCAGAUCACCAAAGAUGCAAUAAUGCUAGCAGAAUCAGAUGGUAUUGUAUUUAUUGAUGAGAUUGACAAAAUCGUUACCAAUCAUGAGACUAGAUAUGGGGCAGACGCAAGCUCUGAAGGGGUUCAGCGUGACUUACUGCCAAUUAUAGAGGGCAGUGUGGUCAGUACAAAGUAUGGCAACGUGAACACAGAUCAUAUUCUCUUCAUUUGUAGCGGUGCAUUUCACUCAUGUAAACCAAGCGAUAUGCUUGCCGAGUUGCAAGGGCGAUUACCUAUUCGAGUGGAGCUGAAAGGGUUGGGAAGAGAGGAUUUAUAUCGGAUAUUGACAGAGCCCGAAACUAAUAUAAUUCGACAGCAGCAACUAUUGAUGAAGACAGAGGACAUUCAUCUGGUAUUUACAGACGACGCAAUUGAAGAACUUGCCAAAGUGGCUGCUGAGGUUAAUCGGUCAGUGGACAAUAUUGGUGCAAGAAGGCUUCAUACGGUUGUUGAGCGGGUUGUGGAGGACAUAAGCUUUCAUGCUCCUGAGAGAUCUGGAGAAACAUAUACGAUUGAUAAGGAGAGUGUGCAGCGGGCAGUUGGAGAUUUUCUGAAAAAAGCUGACCUUUCAAGAUUUGUGCUCUGAGUCCCAAAAUGAAAGCAUCCCGGCUGGAGUGCAUAUUGCAAGCAGUGGCUAGAAAUAAGAUCAGGAAGCCUUGUUGUUCAUUGAGGCAUUAAUCGGGCAGACCUUCCAGAUGCUGUGGUCGUCGAGAAUCACUUGCGUCCGUUGUAUUGAUUCCUUGGUCUAUGCUGAUUUAUCUUAAUUUGUUCAUAAUUUCUGCAUUGGAAACUUUGUGAUUAAAUUGAGAUGUAAAAUAUUUCAGUUUC